AUGGAUGUUUCCGAAGAUCUAGCAAGGGAUUACCCUCCAAGACUUUACCCUGAAGGGGCUUCUAUUUUUGAAAACAAAAAUGUGUGGGAUAAUCUGAAGACGUAUCCUGUUGGAUUGAUUGCUAAACUGGCUGAGAUCAAAUUGGUGUGGUCUGGUAAGACCGUACAUUAUCUACUUUGUAGACAGCUGCGAGUCUAUAAGAAGGAGAUUUGGUCACUCGUUGUUGAUCAACCUCUCAGGUUUAGCUUAAUAGAAUUUGGUGAGAUCACGGGUUUAAACACAAAUCCACUGCCAGAAGAAAGUUUUGAACCUGAUCCAGAGAAUUACAAAGCGUUGUGGGAGUUGUUGAAAGUGCCGCUUGGGUACGGACCCAAGUUUGAUGAACUUAUAGAAGCUUUAACGGAGUGUCCAUUCUGGAGUGCUGAUCAGCGGAAAUGGUAUGGGCUGUUGUUUCUUCAAGCCAUUGGACUUUAUGGCUUGCAUCAUAAUUGUAGAAUACCCUUUGAAAGUGCAAAAAGAGUAUUCGAUGAUGACGCCCUGAUGACUUAUCCUUGGGGUCGGACUGCCUAUAAAUUUCUUGUUGAUUCUAUCAAGUUGUUGCAUCCACAAGGAGGGUCGUACACCCUUAGCGGCUUCAAGGACGUGUUAUUGGUUUGGGCGUAUGAAUCUGUCACAGUGUUCGGAGAGCUUUAUGGCAGAAAAGUGAAUCCAGACGAAAUUCCGCUUUUGCGAUGGGGUGGAAGUCAUACUCGAACAAGUCUUGCUACUACAAUAGCUAAGGAGAUGAAUGAUCAUGGAACAGUGCGUGUGAGGAAAAUGGUGAUGAAGGAGGGUCUAGAAGAGCUGUUUCCUCAGUGCAAGGAUGAAGCAGAUGACCCACAACUUGAUAACCUAAUUAAAGAUAUACAUGCAGAUAGGUUUGUUAGAGAUUUUUAUGUGCAAUCGAAUGAGAAGAACAAAAAAACGAAGGCUGGAGUUUCGUCAGAGGCUGAGCCACCCUCAAAGAAGCAGAAGAAAGGUAAGAAACAGAAGGAGGUGAAAAUCAAUGAGGGUGAAACUGUUGUUGUAGAGGAGAAGGAGAGUGCAAAGGAGAAGGGUCGUAGCGAAGCGGUUCUGCUGAACAUAGUUGCUCAUCUCGAGAAGUUGGACCGAAAAUUUGACUCGAGAUUAACAGAAUACGACACCAAGUUUGGAUCUUUUUCCCGAGGCCUUUUGGAUACCAUUGGAGAUACAGUGAAAACUACAGUUGAAGAGCGUCUGAGAGUUUUGGGGGUGUCCAAUAGUAGUCAACCUGAAGGUCAAAACGUGACGGUCUCAGAAGACAACCAACAGCCGGAGUCCAAUAGUGGUCAACCUGAUGGUCAAAACGUGAUGGUCUCAGAAGACAACCGACAGCCGGACUCCAAUAGUGGUCAACCUGCAUCUAAGACCCCUAUUGAUAAACAGUCCGAAGACAGCUAA